AUGUCCUACACCGUCCGCAAGAUCGGCCAGGCCAACACCCUGGAGCACCGUGUUUACAUUGAGAAGGAUGGCCAGCCCGUCUCUCCCUUCCACGACAUUCCCCUCUAUGCCAACGAGCAGCAGACCAUCCUCAACAUGGUCGUUGAGAUCCCCCGCUGGACCAACGCCAAGCAGGAGAUCUCCAAGGAGGAGUUCCUCAACCCCAUCAAGCAGGAUGUGAAGAAGGGCAAGCUCCGCUACGUCCGCAACUGCUUCCCCCACAAGGGUUACCUCUGGAACUACGGUGCCUUCCCCCAGACCUGGGAAGACCCCAACACCGUCCACCCCGAGACCAAGGCCAAGGGUGACAACGACCCGCUCGACGUUUGCGAGAUCGGUGAGCUCGUCGGCUACCCCGGUCAGGUCAAGCAGGUUAAGGUCCUCGGUGUGAUGGCUCUUCUCGACGAGGAGGAGACCGACUGGAAGGUCAUCGUCAUCGACGUCAACGACCCCCUGGCCCCUAAGCUCAACGACGUUGAGGAUGUUGAGCGCCACCUUCCUGGCCUCCUCCGCGCCACCAACGAGUGGUUCCGUAUCUACAAGAUCCCCGACGGAAAGCCCGAGAACCAGUUCGCUUUCUCCGGCGAGUGCAAGAACAAGAAGUACGCUCUCGAUGUCAUCCGCGAGUGCGCUGACGCCUGGGAGAAGCUCAUCUCCGGCAAGUCUCCUCGUGGUGAGAUCAGCGUUGCUACCACCACCGUCGAGGGUGCCGAGCGUGCCGACGCUGCUCAGCUCGCUGCCAUCCCCAAGGGCGAGAACCUCCCCCCUGCCCCCAUUGACGGCAGCGUUGACAAGUGGUUCUUCAUCUCCGGUGCCGCUGUCUAA